AUGGACCUCGUGAACACGGAGAAGUUCGCCAUCGGACACUUAGUCAGCUCCAAGGACAUCUCCGCUGGUGGGCACCUCUGGAGGAUCGUUUGCUAUCCGCGCGGGUGCGGUAGGGAAGAGCACGAUGGUGAGUACUUGUCUAUCUACCUUGUGCGUAUGUGCGAACCCAAAGACGACGACAUCAAAGCAACCUUAGAGGCCUCCGUGAUGGACAGAGGCGGUGCUUUAUUUUCGUCCCAUAGAAGGAAGGUUACGCAUAGCAUCGACCGCAAAGUUACUGGUUUCCCUCGCUUCGUGAAGCGAAGCGUCCUAGAUUCGUUCUACCUGACGAAUAAUGGCUCGUUCAUCAUUACGUGCGAUCUCAAAGUUAUGCGCAAGGAACCCUUAGACGUGCCGCCCUCCGACGUCGGCAGCCAUCUCGGCCACCUGCUGGAUUGCGCAGAUGGCUCCGAUGUCUCCUUCGUCGUCGACGGCGAAAAGUUCCCAGCUCACUGGGCUGUGCUUGCCGCCCGCUCGCCGGUCUUCAAGGCGCAGCUCCUGGGCUCCAUGGCGGGCGCCAACAUGUCAUCCAUCACCUUGCAUGGCAUUGCGCCAGCGACGUUCAAAGUCUUGCUCCGCUUCAUGUACACCGAUGCUUGUCCUGCGGAUGACGAGCUCGGGGACUCCCCGGAUGACAUGUUUGCACACUUGCUCGCUGCAGCGGACCGGUUCGUGUUGGAUCGCCUUAAGAUUUUCUGUGCUAGAAAGCUGUGGGAUAAUAUAUCAGUGGACAGUGUUGCUGCCACUUUGAUCUGCGCUGAAACACAUAACUGUCCACAGCUGAAAAAGAAGUGCAUUGACUUCAUUGUGGAGGAGAACAACUUCAAGAAGGUCGUGUUAACACAUGGUUUUGUUCAACUGGCGCAACAAUUCCCAUCCAUUCUUGAUGAUCUGAGGGAGAAGGUUGGAGCAUAG